AGGGGGGACUGUCUGGAGGAAGAGGACGAGCGGGUUUCUCUCUGCCUGGCACUAACAAGACUCAGUUUAGUUUGUUUGGCUACGGAAGGAGAGAGAAACGGCGGAGAGGAAAUAGCCAUUAGCCCAUGGACGGGAGGAGCUCCAUUCCCCCCAUCUCCUCCUCCUCCGCAUGCGUGUCCCGCGGAAAGAUCAAUCUUUCGCUUCUUCCUUGCUUUUGCUGGAACAAUGGCCGAGAGCAAGCGGUUCGACACAAAGAGCCCAGGCUGCCUGGAAGGCCUGUUCAACUUUCUUGCCCUCAACCAACGGUUGCAAAAGCCGAAGAUGAUUGCCUAUCGAAAGCACAGUGAAGGAAGUAACAAUACACUCAGAGUGAAAGUCCCAAAGCCCAAAAAUCGCGGUGAAAAAGAUGAGACUAUCCCGAAGGAAACGAGCAGUAGUUCUCCAUCUGGAAAGGCCCACAUGUUCAUAUGGAGGACACUCAUGUUCAAAAAGAAAACACCUGAAAAAAAUCAAAAGAAGAGCAGCUCAUCAGCCAUCACUCCAUCCUCAUCGCGUCUGAUGCGCUCCAGAUCAAUCCAUCACUCAAAAUGCUUUGAUUAUGAGGUUUCCGAUGACUUAGCUGCACAUUAUCACGCAAUGAACAACUCGAGCUCCAAUGAGAUGGGCUUCUAUCACAGCGAAUCACCACCAUUGUCACAUGAGAGCCCACAACACCCCAGUACCCAAGAGACCUGCAGGUCAUGUGGCAGCAUCGGUGGCAAAGAUAGCAUUGAUCUGGAGGCACCUUGUGAGACUGCACCUGGGAAUCUUACUGCUGAGAGUGAACUCCCCUCUAUGCCUAAAAACUGUGAUGCUGCAACGCAUCACUCAAAGGAGUUCUUGGAUUUUCUCGAACUGUUCAAUGCACACCGGGAACUGUUUCUGAAGAUUCUCCAUGAUCCUUCACUGCUAGCAACAGCUGAACAGCAAGGAGAAGCUUCAUCAAGUGGUACUGUACCGCUGAACAGAUUGGAAUCAUUUCCAAGACCAGGAGGAUCAUCAGGGAAACGUAACCCUAUAUUUGAUCGAAGUGAUAGUGAGAAAAUCAGGAAGUCAGAACUCCACAAGUCACCCUCAAGGCCUAACACUGAUGUAGAAGCUGCAAAAGUCAUCAGUACAAGAAUGCCUUCCGGAGUCGAUGGCUCAGCAGUUUCUCUUUCAGAAUCAAGAAGCCUGAAGAAAGCUGGAACAACUUCAAAUCGUUUUAAAGCUAUCAGUAGGAAGAUCAAAGACGUCGUAAAGGAGAACCGCAAAGAGCUUGCUCGGAUAACAAAGGAUGGAGUUUUCCACAGACUGCCAUAUGGCCAAAAAAUGUCCGAAUUAACCAGGAGCCCCUCCACAGAGAAGUUUGUCCAUGAGGAGAAACAAAUACGAAGAUCAUAUUCUAUUGCAGAAUAUGUAGAGAAGUAUUCGUCACUUUAUGAGUCGAUUUCGAGGGAGUUAAAAGUUUCUCCAGAAAGAUCAAGCACAAAAAUGGGAGGCAAUGCAAGCUUAAAAGACAAGAAACCACCAUUGGGCUUCAAAAGAAUAACAUCUCUUCCAGAAAUGCGAUUAUGUUCACCUCACCAAGGUGGCUUAACUGAGGUUUCAGAUUCUCGGAUUGAGCCCAAGACUUGCAUAGUGGAACCUGAUCGCUUAUCUUCACAUAGAACUGAUGCGUUCAGCACCUAUGAAGAAGGAAAUUUCUAUCCUGAUGAUGUCACAGAAAGAUCAGGAAUUCACAGUGAAGUAAAUUAUGGAGAAGCUGAUUUUGUAGGCGCCUUGGAAGAGAAUUUCCGCAGCAUCCUUCGGAGUCCAAGUUUAUCUUCUCUUGGUCGGUCUUUCACCCACCGCCGCAUCAAUAGUUUGCCUUCUUUCGAUCGGUCUUUCUUCCAAGAUCGCUCUGGCAGUUUUACAGAGCAUUCUGUAGCAGGCUCGGAGCCACCAUUUGAAAAUUUACAGCUUGAGGAUGAGGACUGGUUAGUCAAGCCACCAGAGUCCCCAGGAGCAUACGCUGCUAACUUCAAGGAUGAUGAGUGGGUGGUCACACCACUAAAGCAUUCCGGUGUCCUCAAUGGUAUCGAUCAUGAGGAUCAAGAGUGGCUGGUUAAGGCAUCACAACUGUCAGGUGCCAAGGCUGCUGAUCUUGAGGAUGAAGAGUGGUUAGUUAAGCCAGGGCAGCCCAUAACUAACGAUGCUUUGGAUUCGGAUUUCCGGUUCAUACAUGAAUUUGCUGAACAAGGUGCUGCAGAACCCUUGCACAUUUAUGUCAGUGACAAGAACGAGGCUGAUUUCCAGUAUGUCAAGGACAUCCUCAAGAAAUCAGGGUUCAGCUGCGGCGAUGUUGACUGGUACGCAUCCAAUCAGCCAGUCAGCCCUGUGGUCUUUGAGGAAGCAGAAUGCUCAUGUCAGGAGCUCAGCAUGGCAAGCGAUGAGCCACAAAGUAUUGUCAGGCGCAUGCUCCUGUUUGAUCUCAUUAACGAGGUCCUACUGGACAUCUACGACUCUUCCCUGGUCAUCGGCCCAUGGCAUUCACGCUUCGACUUGCGAACCAGACCGAUUCCCAUGGGGUCUCAUGUCCUUGAGGAGGUGUGGGCAAAGGUGAGCUGCUACUUGAGCCUGCAUUGGAGGGAAGGCCAGACGGUGGAGGACAUUGUGGCACAUGAUCUUAUGAGGAAGGACAACUGGAUGAACCUGGUAUAUGACGCUGAGUGCACGGCGUUGGACAUGGAGGAUCUAAUGGUGGAGGACCUGCUGGAUGACGUUGUCAUUCAGAUAGUGUUAGAAUCGAUUGAUGAAUGACUAUCAGGAGCUAAUUUUUUUUCAGCAUCUUGAGCUUUGAAGUGAUUUAUUUAAAGGCUGAGCAGUAACAUGGUACCAGAAGAAAGGUAUUUUUAAUAGAUGGAUCACUGGUCUAGCAUUGUGGAACAGUAACUAUGUAGAUCGUUUUUACGGUUUUACCAGAAUUCUGGCAGUUGUCAAAUGUAGUAAAUGUUAACAAGGCAUUAGGUAUUGUUUUAGAAACAGAACCUAAAGGAUAGGCCGGAAAUAGGUAGCAUCACAUAACUGUGAAUUGUAAGUAAACCAUCAUGAGUUCUUAAUUCUUAUUAGUCCAUAUUUGUACAUAUCCAGCUCAUAAAUUUGUUGUGUAAGGCACAGUUUUGAAAGCAGAAAAACACUACUCUGCUCUUCUA